GCACGCACACACACACACGUGAGCCGGGUCCAGCAAGAAAUAGUUUCUAGAACGUCCAGAGCCAAACUCCUAUAAAAACAACUUAAUUCAACCAACAAAAUUGUGUUUAAUUUUGAGAAUCUAAACGCAUAUUAAUUUUUUUUAAGAAGCAACAGCUUGACGCUAUUUCAAACUAAAUUUCAACGUAAAAACAAAGUGUUCAAGUGUUUUAAGUAAUAAUCCAUAUAUAUCGCUAGCCAAGCAACAUCAAAUUACAAAAAAUUUCCAGAAAUUUAUAUUUGUGUAAAGAAUAUCCAAGUGCAAGUGAAACGAGAUCCUAGAUCCCAGAGAGCCAUUGUGUAGUGAUUGUUAGACAGAGCGCUAUGUCAACUGCUGCCGGCAAACGUAAUAAACACUCAAAACGCCAUAAUGAAGAGCGUGUCGACAUAAGCAAGGACGAGUUCGAGGCCUUCCGCGAGGCGCUUAGCAAAGAGGAGUUCCGCAAGCUGUUCUUCGAUUAUGUCGAUGAGGUUCAGGACCCAGAGAACCGCAAGAUCUACGAGCAGGAGAUCACGCAGCUGGAGAAGGAGCGGGGCGUUGAUGUUAAAUUCGUACACCCCAAGCCGGGAUUUGUCGUGAAGACAUCCAUUGACGGUGAGUUGAAAUGCUUCAUCAAUAUCGCCAGUUCGCCGGAGGUUGCCCGGCCCAACAGCGUGGUGGGCACGAAUCCGGAGACUGGAAGUCGUGGCCUAAGCUGGUCCAUACCAAUGGCCCAGAUGGAGGGUCGGGACGACUUUGAUGCCAAGAACAACCACUGCAAGGUCUUUGAUGUGGUCUUCCAUCCGGAUGCCCUGCACCUGGCCACCCGUGACUCUCAGUUCCGGAAAGCUUUGAUCGACACAGCGCUGGACGCAGUCGAGCGCGCGUACGAGGUUGCCCUGGACCGUGCCAAUUUGAAGUAUCCCAAGCUGGCCUACAAGGGCAUUGCCCGACCCACUGUGAUACGGAAGCUGGUCGCCAAUCCCACACCGGAGGAGCAGGAACCGCAUCCCCUCGAGCAUAUGUAUCCCACGAAGCCGCCCACCUCCAAUUCAGAGCCCAAAAUACUACCCAUGAAAACCCAGACAACACCUGUGCCAGAGUUCGCUGUGCCCAAGUAUUCCAUCAAGCAAAGCCACGACGUGGACCUGUCUGAGUACACCGAUGAGCUCGAUGCCAAGCUCCAUGUGACCAUACCGCGCUCAAUUGUCGUGGAGAUUGAGCUACCGCUGCUCCGAUCCACUGCCGACUGCCAGCUGGAUGUCACUGCCAAGUCUGUUUACCUGUUGAGUGAGCGAACCGGUGCCAAGUACCGCCUCAAGGUGGAUUUGCCCUUUACCGUUGACGACAAGGCUGGCAAUGCCCGCUUUGAUACGGAUAAGCGGCGCCUCAGCAUCACCCUGCCCGUGGUGCGCAAGAGUUUUAAUCAGCAGCGCCAGAUGCACGACACACUGCGCUUCCUCAGCCGCGAGGACAGUGGUGUGGAGCUGCAUUCCAACAGUGAAUCCCCCGUGGAGGAUAAUGCCGAUGGGGACAUUCCUGAAUUAGCCACACUCUCUGAUCCGCCUGCCCUAGCACAAAGUCCGUUCCUGAACGAUUCCGUGCACUAUCAACUGCCCAAAUUCGACUGCAAUGUCGUGGACAAUGAAAUGGCCUUUGUUCUGGAUGUGCCACACGUCCAGCCGGAUUCCAUCGUGACAUUGAAGGCGCAGCGGAGCGUAUCCUUGAAGUUUUCCACCAUCGGCAGUGGCUACUAUCCCACACACUAUGCCUUCUACAUGGAGCUGCCGUCAGCGGAUAUGGAGGAGUACGAGGAGAAGCACAGUAUCGAAAGCAUCGAAGCUGAGGCCUGGGACAACAAUGUGAUAAUGAAGCUGUUCCUGGGUGCCGAGAGCAAGGCCCCACCGAGCUAUCUGGCCGGUCUGCAAGCCAACGAUCUCAAAGAGUAUCAGGUGUACGGGCAUUACAAGAUAAAGGCUGAUGAAAAUGAUGGGCGCGAGCCUAACCCCCCGAGAGAUGUUCAGAUAAUGCGAACGAAAGAGGCCGUAGUGAUCAACGUAAGCCCCCCACUGGGCACCAACACCACGGAGGAGGAUGAGGAGCAGCAACAGCAGCAGAAAAAGCCAAGCAAAAAACAACGCAAGCGCAACAAGAAGCAGCGCUCCUACUCGGAGUCUGCAUGUGAGGACAUGCUCGUUCAGCAGGAUGAUGCAUUGGGGGGUAAGAAGGAUGCCAACACCCCCAAUAUGCCGCAGCGAAAGCAACGCAGCUACUCGGAGUGCAACGACAGCACCAUUGGCAAUGGAAAUGGUAAUAGGGGUAUUCUCAAGCGGUUCAGUCGCUACGGUCCGAGACCAUCCAUUUCGGACAGCUGCUCCUCCAUCGAUGACUGUGGGUUCUCCUCUCACUCGUGCUCUGUGGAUGCCUCGGGCUCUCUGUUUUCGCAAUCGUUUGGUGGCAUUCCCGAGGAGGAUCAGGCCGAGGCUGGCCUUUCGGAGAGCUGCAAGAAGACUGUUAGAUUUAGUGACCAAAUCAUGAAGCAAGUGUUCAGACACGACUCUAGCAUCCUCGGGCAGCGUAAAAAGAAUCAGAAGCGUCGCAAUUGCAAAUUGCGUGCCGAGCAGCGACGCCUCAGCGAGGGCGAUUCGGCUGAUUACGAGGAGACCCGUGGCACUGCCCUCAAGCAAGGGAAACCAUCAUCAUGCAACGAUAGCAACAAACUGCACGAUAGCGGACUGGAUCUGACUGGAGCAGCUGCCACCCACCGCAUCGACGGCAACUCGCAUUCCUACGCCGAUUCGGAUGCCAAGAAUGAUGCCAUGAUGUUUGAAAUGGAUGAUGAAGAAAAUGAAAUCUAAGCAGAUACAUAAAAUGCAAACAAAAUAAUUGGAACCUAUUUUAUUUUUAUUUUUUGCUAUUUUCAUUAUUGUAAUUUGUUGGAUGUUUCUGCCACAAACUGCUCAAAAUCAGAUAUACCUGUAAUCAUAUACAAAUUGUUAUAAAUUUGGUUAACUAUUGAAAUGAAAUUGUUUAAUCGUAGCAUUAAAUCAUAAUCAAAAGUGAAACACAAAGUUGAAUAAUUGUAAACAUUAACAUGCACAUACUCAUGCACACACACACACCCACACAAUUAUGGCCUUGAUGAAACUCUCAUCAUUAAAUUGAUUUCUGCAGCAGCUUGAGGCAAUUAUUUAAUAAUAUUCAUACAUACUAUUACAACAUUCAUUUAAACACAAACAACAAUCACAAAAGUAUGCUUAAACAUCAAUAGUUAACAAAUUCCUCUAGUAUUACAGAGCAACAAACCCACAAGUAGUGUCUAAGCCAUUUUAAAUGUGUAGGAAAUCUGGCUAAA